AUGCGAGAAAAGGACCAUUCGCCGAGAAAAAUGCUUCCUAGCCCAAAAUUGGGCUCCGUUUAUCCCAUCGCAGGCGGUGCAAAUUCCCUCUCAUCGUCAACAUCGAAUCAUGCGUCGCCCUUUGACUUGUCGUCGGCGCCAAAUCGUUCCUCGUCCUCGAACUUGUUGCAUCAGCAGCAAACGGCGCUGGAUCAACCGCUCGAUUUGCGGGUCGAAAAGAAGAAGUUGUACGUUCCGGCGCUACUGCGACGCAGCAACAGUGAUAGUCCGAUGAUGGAGGAUGAAAAUAGCAACGUGAUCAAACGUGAACGCUCAUUAAGUCCCAUCAGCAAUAAUAAUAACAAUAACAACAACAACAACAAUAUCGUUAAUAAUAAUAAUACAAAGUUAUCGAAUAAAAAUUACCUAACUGUCAAAGAUGACUUACGAAUACCGGGAUUGCCGACGCAUCAACAAGCGUUGUUCCCGACUCCCUCGCUGAAUCCUUUAUUUUUAGAACAAAUGGCAAAGAUUAGAUUACCUACUCUAUAUCGACCACCGUUCCUGCCGCCAAGAUCUCCCACAUCGACAGCAUUCGAUCUGCAACGCCUGAAACAAGACCCUUUGUUGUCGGCUGCCGUCUCGCACCUCAUGUCUGGCGCAACACAAGUUACACAAAAUAAUAACAAUAAUAAUAUAAAUAGUGUCAACCAUAAUUUAUCUCAUGGUCCUAGCAAUGGUAACAACAACAACAAUAAUAACAACAACACUCACAACAACAACAUAAAGAACAAAGAUCGAUAUGCAUGUAAAUUUUGUGGCAAAGUAUUUCCUCGUUCAGCCAAUUUAACAAGACAUUUACGGACACACACAGGCGAACAACCAUACUCUUGCAAAUAUUGCGAACGAUCGUUUAGUAUAUCGAGCAAUUUGCAGCGACAUGUGCGAAAUAUCCACAACAAAGAACGUCCCUUCAAAUGCGCCCUCUGUGAAAGGUGUUUCGGGCAACAAACGAAUCUCGAUCGUCAUUUGAAGAAACACGAUGCUGAUGCUGCUAGUCUUGGUCUCGGUUUAGAAGAACGGUUACGAGUUGCCCGACGAAAUAUGGGCCGCAGUGGAUUACCCGAAGACUCGUACUUUGAGGAAAUCCGAAGUUUCAUGGGAAAAGUCACGCAGGCACCGAUUAUGCUGAGAAAUCAUCACAGAAUGAACAACAGCAGUUUGUCACGAAGUCCAACGCCAACGAUGAUUGACAGGCAAAGUAUUCGCGAUGAGCGAUGUGACUCUCGCAGUGGCAAUGGGGACGAUGAUACGAACGGCGAUGAUGUCGAUAUGAAGGAAAUUGAUGAUGAGCUGUCGAAUGACAAGGAAGAUGAACAAUUACAAGUUACCUGA